AUGUUGUUUCAGAUGAAGAAUGCUGCAUUCUGCCGCGCUUUGUCUCAAAAUGUUCAGACCUUACGAUUGUUGAGUACCAGUGUUCCGCAACAGUCUAUCAAAACUCCAAUUCAGGAAUGGGGUUGGAAUUACCUUUUGCGACAACGGGCUUUGAAGCGACCGAUCAGCCCACAUCUUGCGGUAUAUAAACCACAGGUCACAUGGAUGGUUUCCGGAUUUCAUCGUAUGACAGGAUGUGCUAUGGCUGGUACUCUGUUGAUUGGUGGUGUCGGUUUUGCUCUGUUGCCAUUGAACUUCACCACUUUCAUUGAUUUUAUUCGUGGUCUUGGGUUACCGUGGGUUAUAACUGAUAUUUUUAAAUUUAUCAUUGCUUAUCCUAUCGCUUUUCAUUCGUUGAACGGUAUCCGUUUCAUUGCAUUCGAUUUGGCUCUGGGAACAGAUAUUGCUUCAGUAUAUACCAGUGGUUAUUUGGUUCUUUCGUUAGCAGCACUGAUUGCGUUAGCAGUUGUAGUGGCACCUCGACUGAAGCAAGAAGAUUAUGUUGUCGUUGAUAUACCAAAAAAAUGA